AUGUAUGGAUUGUUCAAAUUAUAUUUUCAGCUAGAACUUGCAAAGUUUGAUUUAAUUCGUGACAAGCAAGGCCGCUGUGGAGAGAUGUCUGCUCUUAGUAGAGAUCUUGUCUUGUUGAUCUCACAGUUCUUAGAUGAGGAAGGGCUCAACGAAACUGCUCGCAUACUUGAGCGUGAAAGUGGUUAUUACUUCAACAUGAAGUUUUUUGAGGAGAUGAUAAGCAGUGGCGAUUGGGAUGAGGCUGAGAAAUAUCUUUCUUGUUUCACAAAAUUAGAUGACAACAGAUACUCGACAAAGAUCUAUUUUGAAAUUAGGAAGCAGAAAUUCCUUGAGGCAUUGGACAAAAAGGACCGCACCAAGGCUUUAUACAUCCUUAUGAAGGAUUUGAAAGCUUUUGGCCCAGAUAAUGAGGAGCUGUUAAAAGAAAUGACUUUGCUUUUGACACUAAAUGAUAUAAGGGACCAUGAGUCACUCUCCAUGUAUAGUGAUGCAGAGUCUGCGAGGAAAGUUAUGAGGGUUGAGCUUAAGAAAAUUAUUGAAGCAAAUCCCCUUCUGCAUGGCAAAUUGGAAUUUCCGAACAUUCCAAAUCCUGAUAUAAGAACCCUCUUUGUGGAUCAUAUCUGUGUACCGAUACCAUCAGAUGUUCAUUUAUUUUCAUCAUCAAGUGAUAACAAUCCAGUGCCUUCUCAAACCACAUCAAUGCUGGUUUCAACUUCCUCAGACUCGAAUUCUACUUUAUCUUCUGAGCCUCACUCUUCAAUUUCAAAUGAAGCUUUUUUUUCUCUUGGUGGUCCAUCAAACAUAGCUAUUAUUGCAGAAGCUUCGGAGGAUGGUACUAGUGUACAUUACAAUAGUAUUCCUGAAAAUGGGAUUGAAAUACUAAAAAGGCCUUCUGACGAGGAAAUAGCAGAAUGCAUGCAGGAAAUACCAGCUGCCUCUCAACCUGAUCAAAGCUCUGUCGACAUUUAUGAUUACUUACCUAAGACUGUUUUAAGGAUAUUAAACGAAGGGUCAUCUCCAACAAGCAUGGAGUUUCACCCUGAAAAACAGACUGUUCUUCUAGUUGGAACUGCUGUGGGGGACAUAAGAUUGUGGGAAGUUAGUUCAGGGGAAAGUUUACUUUCAAGGAAUUUUAAGGUUUGGGAUAUCGCAGCAUGCUCAAUGAUGUUCAAGGCAACUUUGCUCAAGGACCCUGGUGUUUCUGUUAAUCGUGUUGCUUGGAGCCCAGAAGGUUGUUUCUUUGGGGUUGCUUAUUCAAAACACAUAGUGCAAAUAUAUUCUUAUAAUGAUGCCAACGGAGUGCAGCAACAAUUGGAGAUUGAUGCUCAUGUGGGUGGUGUAAAUGACUUAGCAUUCUCUGCCUCUGAGAAACAACUGCUGGUCAUUACCUGUGGCGAUGACAAGACAGUUAAGGCAUGGGAUGUGACCAGUGGUGUCAAAAUGUAUACUUUUGAAGGCCAUGAUGCUCCUGUUUAUUCUCUCCGCCCCCAUAGCAAGGGAAGUGUUAAUGUAAGAGUUACUCUCGAUUCUACUGUUACUUGUGGUGGUGAUGUUGAUUCUUCUUCGUGGCUAUAUGAUAAUUUAGGAGCCAGAGUAGAUUAUGAUGCUCCUGGCCUGGGGUGUACAUCUUUGGCUUAUAGUGGUGAUGAAAGGCUUUUCUCGUGUGGCACCAGUAAAAGUGGAGAGUCAUUUCUUGCCGAAUGGGAUGACUCUGAAGGUUCCUUAAAGAGAACCUAUCUAGGAUUGCAGAAGAGUUCUCCAGGUGUAGUGCAGUUUGAUAUAAUGAAGAAUCAGGUUUUAGCUGCUGGUGAUGAGCAUGUGAUCAAAAUUUGGGAUAUGAACAAAGUUGAGCUUUUCACAACCAUUGACGCAGAGGGAGGCUUACCAGCAAACCCGUGUGUUCGAUUUAACAAGGUAGGCACGCUGUUGGCUGUUUCUGCGAAUGACAACAAGAUCAAGAUCUUGGCAAAAGAUGGUGGUCUUCAGUCACUGCAUACAUCAGAAAACUGCUCUGAUGAUGCUUCCAGAGUUCUCUCUGAUACUUUUAUGAAGCUUGUAAUUGAACCGAUUUCAACUGUUGCUUGUGCUGGAGUUGCAGACAAAGCUGUCACAAAAGUGGGCCUUGUCAUGACUUUGGAAAUUACUUUGAAGUUUGGAAAUGAAAACCCAGAAAACUUGGAGGCAGUGAAAUCUAAAAUUACUGGAAAAACCACUAGAUUAAAUAAUGGGAAGCUCAUUGAAAUAAACAGUCCUUCUCAGUGCCAGAUUCUGCGACUUUCUUCUCACGUGAAAGCAGACAAGAUAUCGAGGCUCAUUUACAACAAUGUGGGUAACUCCAUUUUGGCAUUAACAUCGAAUGCGACUCAUUUAUAUUGGAAAUGGCCACAGAAUGACUUUGACUCGAGUGACAAGGCAACUGCAAAAGUGAGCCCUCAACUGUGGCAACCCAGGAGCAGCUCCGGACUGAUGACAAAUGACCUUACAGGCAGCAGCCCUGACAAGACAGUUCCCUGCUUUGCCCUGUCCAAUAAUGAUUCAUAUCUCAUGUCAGCAUCUGGAGGGAAAAUUUCUCUGUAUAACCUGCUGAAAUUUAAGAAAAUGCUGUCUAUCAUGCAACCACCACCUGCUGCAACAUGUAUUGCGUUCCUUCCUCAAGAUAACAACAUACUCGCUAUAGGGAGAGAGGAUUCCACAAUCCUAAUAUAUAAUGUCCGUUCAGCUAAGGUUGUUACCAUACUUGACGGUCAUUUUAAAAGAGUCUCUGGCCUUGCCUUCUCUAAGGAUCUGAACGUACUUGUUUCUUCCGGAGCAGAUGCUCAGAUUUUUGUCUGGAAUGUUGAAGGGUGGGACAAACAGAGGAGCAGAUUCUUGCAUACUCCUGAUUGCCGUAUAACUUUUUCAACAUCAUUAGAUUCCGACAUCCAGUUUCAUCAGAAUCAGACAGACUUCCUUGCAGUACAUGAGACUUGCCUUUCAAUCUAUGAUGCCAGAAACUUAGAAUGUGUGAAGCAGUGGAUUGCAGGAGAUUAUGGAGCACCAAUAUCCCAUGCAACAUUCUCAUGUGAUGGCCAGAUGGUGUAUACCAGCUUUGAAGAUGGACUCGUCUCUAUAUUUGAUGCUUCAGAUUUUCAGUUAUACUGUCAGAUUAAUCCAACUGCUUACCUUUCUCCCACUUCAAGUUUGGGUGUGUAUCCGCUUGCCAUUGCAGCACAUCCUCAGGAACCUGACCAAUUUGCGGUGGGACUGAAAGAUGGUGGUGUCAUUAUCUUUGAGCCUCCAAUUUCUGCUGGUAAAUGGAGUAUGCUGACAGCAGAUGAAAAUGGUAUAGCAAGUAAAAUACCUGCUGAAUCCAAAGCUAAUUAUUGA